CUCGCCCCGCCUCAGUACCAGGAAGUCCCGCCCCCUUUCCUACCUCAGGCCUUACAGCAGCAAUACCUCAUCCAGCAACAGCUACUGCAGCGCAGACGCACACAAGAGCGAGUCCCACUGAACACUCAUCGGUUACGCCCAGGAUAUGAAUAUGCUCCGCCCCUCCACGCCCCUCAGCCAAUCCCACAGCAGCCCAGAUACCUGGCAGAAGGCACUGACUGGGAUCUGAGUGUGGACGCAGGUGUGCCGCAUCAGUAUCCUCUGCAGCAGAUCCCUCAACCCUACCAGCAUUACCUGGCCUCUCCCAGAAUGCACCACCUCCCCAGAAACACCUCCUCCACCCAAGUGGUUGUCCAUGAGAUAAGGAAUUAUCCGUAUCCACAGCUCCACCUGUUGGCGCUGCAGAGCUUUGGUCCCAGCAGACACUCGUCUGCUGUUCGGGAGAGUUAUGAGGAGCUGCUGCAGUUGGAGGAUCGAUUGGGAAGCGUCAGCCGAGGGGCCAUACAGACCACCAUAGAGAGAUUCACCUUCCCGCACAAAUACAAGAAGCGGAAGCCGCUGGAUCUGAAGUUAUGUGUGAGUGAGGAAGAGUUGGAUGUGGAUGAGAAAUGCACCAUCUGCCUCUCCCUGCUGGAGGAUGGAGAAGAUGUCAGGCGGUUACCCUGUAUGCAUUUGUUCCAUCAGGUGUGUGUGGAUCAGUGGUUGGCCACCAGUAGGAAGUGUCCCAUCUGCAGAGUGGACAUCCAAACACAGCUCACCUCCGAGAGCUGAAAUAACAAAUAACUUAAACACACACAUGCUCUCUUUCGCUCUUAUACAUCCACAGACAUUUCCAUCCACACACACACACUGUAUAUUACCUAUACACGUGUAUGAUGAGCCAUCCAACA